GAGAUGUGAGGCCAGCUCAGUGUGGCCUUGGACUCCAAUCUAAGGCAGAAGGGGUCCAUUUAGCCUGAGGGUAGGACUCUGUGGCUGGGCACCAGGUGACACUGAGCCUGGACCUUAUUGUUGCAGAGGCUGGGCCAUUGGAGGAAGGCGGAUGUAUUUUGCUGAGAUCCAGUGGGCUCUGCUGGACCCUGGUCAGAGGCCUGUCUACAGGGAUGUGGUACCUGAUGGCUAUGGGACCCUGGUCUCUCUGGCAGAUGGCGGGAUGACAAAUGCAAAUCCCCAACAGGGAUGCCUUGAAACAGCCCAGCCACAUGGGACCUUACCCGGGUUACGGUCUGAGGUGAAUAUUUACCAGGCCCUGGGCCAUGCCAUUACCAGACCAGAGGGGCAGCAGGGUAAAAGAUGGGGUAAACUGCCUCCUGGCGGGGAAGCCCUGAAGAAGUUCAAGGAAGGCAGUGCUGCCUCACAGAGAAUGCAGGUCCUGGCACGGGGGAUGGGAGCAGGGGAAGGGCAGAACGUGUGUGCCCAGUGUGGGGGGAGCUUUAUUCAGGGUGCACGCCCUGCCCAGGCCCCACAGCUGCAGCCCCAGCCACAGCCGCAGCCACCAGCACUACCACGGAUCCCUGCAGCAGAAAGACUCUAUCAGUGCCCUGACUGCGGCAAGCGCUUUGCUGUCAGCUCCCACCUCACCAUCCACCGGCGUGUUCACACGGGCGAGAAGCCAUACCAGUGUGGAGAGUGCGGGAAGAGCUUCAGCCAGAGCUCAACGCUGGUGCUGCACCGGCGUGUCCACACAGGGGAGAAGCCCUACAAGUGCAUGGACUGUGGAAAGGGCUUUGCUGUCAGCUCCCACCUCACCAAGCACCAGCGCGUCCACACAGGUGAGAAGCCCUUCCAGUGCCAGCACUGCGGGAAGCGCUUCAGCCAGAGCUCCACAUUGGGCCUUCACCAGCGCACCCACACUGGGGAGCGUCCCUACCGCUGCAGUGAGUGUGGCCGCGGCUUUGCUGUCAGCUCCCACCUCACCAUCCACCAGCGCAUCCACACAGGGGAGAAGCCGUACCGCUGCCCCCAGUGCGGCAAGAGUUUCCGCCAGCGUUCUGGGCUCAUCACCCACCAGAGGAGCCACACGGGGAAGCCCUACAAGUGUACAGAAUGUGGGAAGGGCUUCAGCCAGAGCUCCCAUCUGAUGCGUCACUUGGGCACACACACAGGUGAGAAGCCAUACAAGUGCGCAGCCUGUGCUAAGAGCUUUACCCAGAACUCCAAUUUGCUGCAGCACCAGCGCAUGCAUACAGGUGAGAAGCCCUACCACUGCCUACAGUGUGGCAAGCGCUUCAGCUGGAGCUCCAACCUCAUUCAACACCAGCGCCUGCACACUGGCCAGAAGCCCUUUCAGUGUGCCCAGUGUGGCAAGCGCUUCUGUGAGAGCUCCCGCCUCCUGGAGCACCAGCGUACCCACACUGGGGAGAAGCCCUACCGCUGCCCACAGUGUGCCAAGAGCUUCAGCCGCAGUUCCCACCUCAUCCGCCACCAGCGCAUUCACACCGGCGAGCGUCCCUACCAGUGUGCCCAGUGUGGCAAGGCCUUCAGUCAGAGCUCUGCCCUCCUCAUACACCAUGGGACCCAUGCAGGCAAGAUGAUAUGAGUGGGCAGCCUCUGUUACAGGGUUGGGGUCAGGGGGGACCUGGGAAUCAUGCCUGUGCCUCACUAAGUGCUGGGGAGCCCCUCCAGGGAGGGGCAGUGAUGGUGAAAAUGUGCCUGAUUGGAGGGAGGGGCUUUGAGUGCAGCUCAGACCUGAAUACAUGUUGGGGAAAGCCACAUGGAUGCAUGAGCAAAUGCUUUUCAGAGAAGGUUGCCUGGCUUCUGUUAUCCAUCAGAUAAUUUCCAUGUGGUGGUGACCAUGGUUGUGUGUUUGAGUCGCUCUUAUUCCAGUAUAGCCUUUACUGUGUUUUGGAGAGUCCACCUGGUCAUGUGGUUAUCAGCUUUCCACAGGAAUUCAAUACACAUCAGAUAAUCCAUGCAUAGAAGUAAUUGGAGACAUGGGGAUAAGCUCAUUCUGUGCAAGUGAAGCACUUAUUAUACAUGAGUGAAUUCAAGUGGGAUGGUGACUUCAGCCACAUGUAAUAAAUGCACAUUAGAGAAUCUAUAUAUAACACUAACUGGAUACCUUGAAGAAUGACUUUCAUGCGAGUUUGGUGCUUACUGCCUUUGAAUAAUCAAUGCAUAAUAGUGACCACAGACAGAUAGCAAGUAGUUCUGUGUGCAUUCAAUGCUGCUUAUGUUUUGGAGGAUCCACAGUCAUAUUGUGACUUAGCUCAAUAUUUAUUAUACAUCAAAGAAUCCAUAUGUGACUUUGGCCCUGGGGAUGAAUGGCUUCUAUUUGAGCCAACACUUAAUACUUGUCAGAGAAUCCAUGCAGGAUGGUGACCAAUGCGUGCUUUGUCAACUCAGUGCUUAUUACUUGCUGGAGAAUCUACACUUAUCAGUGAGCAUGAACAGAUGGCAAAUGGCUUCCAGAGAAUUGAGAGAAUCCACAGUUGGGAGGAGAAGAGACUAAGUUUAUCCACGUGGAAUAAACUUUAUUGUGAUUUCUCAGUUUACUGCAGGUCCUCAAUGAAGAAAAAGCCCUGCCAGCAGAACAGGGCUUAAUCUGCGUAUGAAUUGCACCUGUUAAUACCUUAGAUACCUACACAGUGAAAACCAUGGGAGAAAAGCCUGUGUUUUGUGUGUUUGCAUACACUGGGAGGAGGUGUUAUAAAUGGCAGGGACUGCUGGGGAGAGCUGGGGGAUGGGGAGUGAAAUCGCUAAGCCAGAGGAAGGGGUGUAGGUUGUAGCUGUGUUGGUCUAAGAUAUAGGCGGACAAAGUUCUUUGGAUAAAUCUGAU